AUGGCAGGUAUGUCAGGUUAUGAACGAGCUGAGCGAGUUUACAGAGGUAGACCGCUAGAUCCAAGACAAUUCGAAGAUGAUCCAGAAAAAUAUUAUAAUCGUGAUAUGUUAAGACCGUUACCAUUAGAAACAUCAUUACCUCUUAUAACUGAAGAUGUAUCUACUGACAAUGAUAUUGCAAUAAAAAAAUCUAUAGGAGCUGGCUGUGGCUUAGUAAGUUUAAUAACAGAGAAUCUUUUAAUUCAUCCCUUUAUUGUUUUAAGAAGACAAUGUCAAGUAAAUCCCAGAUCGUCAACUUACCACUUAGUGCCAAUAACCUUGAUACCUGUGAUAGUAAGAUUACAUCAAACGCAAGGUUUGAGUACGCUCUGGAAAGGUAUUGGUUCAGUUUUGUUAGUACGAGGUUUAUCAGCAGCUGUUGAAGAUGUUAUUUCUAAACUUACUCCUUGGCCAAAAGAAAUCAACAGAGAGAGCUCCAUGAAAGCUUUUGGACAACAUUUACUACUUAAAUGUGUUUCAAUUGGAAUAGUUGCUCCGUUUUAUUCAGCAUCUCUGGUAGAAACAGUCCAAUCGGAGAUAGCAUCUGAGAAACCUGGGGUACUUGACAUAUUUCGAGAUGGAGCUAUUAGAUUAUUAGAAGUAGGAUCUAAAGGCAGGCUUAUUCCAAUUUAUGCACUUCUUACUCCACAUGUUACUUAUGGAGUUGCUAAAUAUUUAUUUGCAUUGAUCGUAAAGAGUGUUGUUAGUCGAGUGAUGUGGUUAAGAGAUAGAAAAUUGCAAGAAAGAACUGGAGCUUAUAGUCGAGACAUAGUUUCUGAAGGAAUGAUGCAAGAUAUUGAAUUACAUUCAACAUUAAUAUCAAUGUGUGCAGCAGACGUAAUAUUUUAUCCACUUGAGACUAUUGUACAUCGUCUUCAUCUACAAGGCACUCGAACUAUUAUUGAUAAUCUUGAUAACGGACGAAGUGUUAUGCCGCUUUUAACGGGAUACAGUGGAGCUAUUGAUUGUUAUCGUACAAUUGUAAGUACUGAAGGGACAUUAGGUUUAUAUAAAGGAUUUGGUGCUCUUGUAUUACAAUUUGGUAUAAAUUUUUUAGUCCUAAAAGCAACUAAAUAUAUCCUCACAGAAAUUGGAACAAUGUUUAAGAGCAAACCAAAAGUAGUUAAAACUCCACAAAAUAUCUAUUAUAAUGAAGCUUAA